UGAGGAUGUGCCGCCACCACCGCAUAUCCAAAGUCUCCGUCCCCAGUGUCUUGCCAGGGUGCGAAUGACGGUAUACGCAUUUCACCGGCACUAAUACCUGCAGUUACUACCGCAGCCUUCAUAACGGUUACCCUUGAUGCUCUACUGACACCAGGCCAGCGCAAGUACGAUCUCUUAAUGCGAUGGCUCUUGAAGCUCUCGGCGUCGUUGCGAGCCUCCUUGCAGUCGUCCAGUCGUCGGCCAAGGUCGCUUCGCUGUGCUUCUACUACUGCAGAGACGUCAGGAACGCAAAAGAUGACAUCGACCGACUUCAACAAGAAGCCACUAACCUGAAGAAGGCUUCGGAGAGUGUUCAGCUGCUACUCAAGGGCCCAAAUGGCGCGAAGCUCGAGGCUUCUCAGGAGCUGAUGGUUGCGGCCGAGGACAGCCUAUCGCAGCUUAGAGAGCUGGAACGAGUGCUUAGCCCUGGAACAGCGCGCAAGGCAAUGAGCCGACUAGGACUUCGGGCCUUGAAAUGGCCAUUUCAGAACAAGGACGCCGAAAAGAUCGCCCAAGGUCUCGGGCGAUGCACGCACGCUAUCUCCUUGGGCCUACAAGUUGACAUUACGUACCUCCUCGACAUCGACCAAAAAGCAGUACUCGAUAGACUUCCCGUUGUCGUAGAAGCCAGCUUCGACUCCCGCGCCGAAGAGCACAACCCAAUCUGCCUCCGCGACACCAGAGUCGACCUUCUU